AUGUCUUCCAAGUAUCCACGGUUCCACCGCUAUGUGAACAGAGCUUAUAUAGGACUUUUACUUAUAUUGGCCAUCGUGCUGCCUCUAUGUUACUUAUUUACCGAUGCUGAGCUAUCGAUAUCCGGGAUAAUAAUAAUAUUCAUCGCAGUAUUGAUGUCAUAUGCAAUAUAUUGGUUAACCGUACGGACUAACUGUUAUGGCGAAAGAACAGACCAACCAACAACACCGGAGAUGGUUAUUACACCCACUGCACAACACAAUGAUUCUUCGGCCCAAUCUGCACAUUCUCGAGGCUCAUCUAAUUCGCACGUAUCAACAAACCCACCAUAUCCUACAUUCACCAGUUAUCGUUUAGGUGACAUGCGUGAUAGGCUUCGGCGAUGGGCAUCUAAUAAUGGUGCUAGAUCUGAAGAUGAAGAGGUAGAAACGACGGCCACUGAGGAAGUGGCCAAUCCCCCUCCCACAUACAGUGUGGCAUUAGAAGGUGCAGGUUUGCCACCGCCAUACACUACAGGGAGCGAUACAAACGAAUCCGUUACAAUAGUAGUAGAUGAUGGUAGCAACAAUAAUACAUCACGGAGAACAGCAUCGGUGUCAUCGACGUCAUCAUCUCCUCGUUCACCGACGAGUUGGCUUUUUGGAUUAACACCAUUUAAAUCCACAACUUCGCCGUCAUCUCAGCGUGGUUCUCCGACCAAUCUACUGGUACCCCCUCCAGCAUUCACAUCAGGUUCGACACCUGUACCUCAAGCAACACCCACACAACCAUCUACUCAAACUUCACAAUCUAAUUCGCAAUCUGAUCGCAUACCACCACCCCGUCGAGCGCCUCCUUCACCGCCACAAUCACAGAACAAUCAAUCUCCGUCGUGA